CCGACGGCGGGGUGCACUCAACCGCCAUGAACUCAGUUUCAGCGCAGAAUCUCGAAGACGCGGCCAACAUCGCCACAGAAUUCCUGUAUAGUAUAGAAAACGUUCCGAAUGAAGUCAAAUAUCUGCUUGAGGAGAUCUUGCAUAAAGAGACCAGAACACAACAGUUACACCAACAAAUCGAAUCAGAUUCUUCCCGAUGGAUGAAGCAUUCUCUCCGAGGAACCACGCCUUCAAGCGCAUCCCCAUCACCCUCACCCUCGUCUUCCACAAAGUCCGUCAAUCACCUCCCGGCUAGAAUCAAACAAUCUUACACAGAAAUUGACCAAAUUGCUGUUGAAAAGAUUGCAUUGGCGCAGAGGUUGAUAGAGUUGAUCAACCGGACAGCAGCGCGCCUCGAUGUCGACCUCAGUAAAGUACGACAACUGCAAGGUGACACUAUACCGGACUACACCAGGACGGGGCUGCUAUCUGCAGUACCGAGUCUAACCGGUACAGAUAUGGUGCGUGGUGGAGGAGGGAGCAUUGGAGGGUUGAGUGGAAGAGAUCCUACGUUGAGCAUCAGCGAGAGUUUGAAGAUGGCUUUGGGUGGUGGACCGUCGAGUGCUUCAAUAUCGGAAGGUACUAGGAAAGGGGGGGCGGCGGCGGUGGUGGCAGCGGAAAGUGGAACAAGUACUCCUACUAAACGCCGUCGAACAGCUGCGUCACCUUCGAUCAAACUACCCCCAACCAAAAGCCGUUCUAUAUCGCCAGCUGCGUCAGGAGUAGGCACUACAACUAAAGGCUCACAUAGCCGGUCUCGUUUGUCCCGCCAGAUUCACCCUCCACCUAAACAAACGGAAAUGGCAGACGAAGCAGACGAAGAUGCAGAAGGAGAUGAAGACGCAGAAGGGGAUGAAGAUGAAGACGCGGACGAUAAACUCUAUUGUUUCUGCCAAAAGACCAGUUACGGAGAUAUGAUAGCCUGCGACAACGAAGGGGGUUGUCCAUACGAAUGGUUCCAUCUAUCUUGUGUCGGUCUCAGCAGACCAGUUCCAGAGACAUGGUAUUGCACUGUCUGUUCGGCCAAGAUGGGUCCAAAUUCAAACAAUCGCAAGGGGAGAAAGAAGUAGCGCGUAUGUAAUCGACGAGUUUUUCAUUCAAUCUACCGUACUGUAGGACCUUUGUAUGAAAACCUCAGCACUCGCCACUCGGGAGUGGAGACAAGGAAUAUUCCUCCGCCCACAAAUCUUGGCUUCUGCGGCAUGUAUCAUGAGUAAAAGUUUAUUCUGACUUUCGAAAACGUGGGUGGCGUUACUCCACGAAUGGUAUGUCAAGCCGCAAAAGACGAUCGAAUGGUCAAAAAUAACAGAAGAUAUGACAUGUUGUAUUCUAUAAACCAAUGGCCAAACCAGGCAUUAAGAGUCUAGACCAACAGUGAAAACCUG